AUGGAACAACAAGCUCAGCUUCGCGAUGCUCUGAAUGAAGCACUUAAUGGGGAAGUCCAGAGACUGAUACUGGCAAAUUGUGAGACCAGACACAACGAAUCUGAUAGAUCAAAAAUGCCAUCACUUAACGCUCCACAUCAGCCAGUUAACACAUCAGCCACAGUCUCAGCAGAACCAUAA